CUCGUCAUUUGUUGAUUAACUCCUCUGCCUUACAACUGUGUUUCGAUUAAUAGCCAGUUUAUAAAGUACGUGAUUAUUCAAUUUUACAUUCAUUUGUAUCUUUUAUUUUAGUUCGUUCUGCUGAUAUGUCAAGAGAUUGCGUCAUUGCGCGACUUGUGACGCGUUAUCAUUGCGUCCAGAACGCACACACAGGUCCUCUAUGUAUGGUACGAGUUGACAGCUGACUGCAAACAACAACAACAAACAACUUGUAACUGCAACAAAGUCCUCCAGCCUCCACCCAAUGCUCCAAACACCAUGAACACCGUGCAUAAACACUGGAAGGAGGCGUCGACCCUUAUCCUCGCUGCCGGGACAAAGUGCUCCUCCAGCCCGAGUAGGUCAUGGGGAGCUGCCUGCUGGAACCACAAGGUUUUGCUACUUAAACGGAGCACCCAGAGCCGCUUCAUGCCCGAAGCCUACGUGUUCCCGGGAGGGAUGGCCGAUCCGUCAGACUUCUGCAGCGAGUGGCUCGGUGUCUUCCACGCCUUCAGACACAAGCCCAACCUGGGGCUGGGGGUCGUGAAGCAGCCGGCGGAGACCAGACCUCCCAUGUUCGCCAUGGACCGGCGGGAGCUGGGCUCCCCUAUCCCUGGAGACGUCGCCUUCCGGAUCUGCGCCUUGAGGGAGACCUUCGAGGAGUGCGGGGUCCUCCUUGUCGUUCCCAAACGGAAGGAGAUGGACGUGUUAAGGUCCGCGGAACACAUAGGUGACCAUCCGCCCGAUUUACCCGCAGGUCUGACGCAAGUAACCGACAUCUGCGACCGGACUAUUCUGACCCGAUGGAGGGCUCUGGUGAAUGAAAACCCUGCAAACUUUAUUAAGAUGUGUCAGGAACUGGAGCUGAUGCCCAACAUCUGGGCUCUGCAUGAGUGGGGUAACUGGCUGACGCCUACGGCAAGAACCGGGAAUCGAUACGACACUGCCUUCUACAUCUGCUGUUUGUCGGAUGUCCCGUUCACCGUUCAAGAUGAUAAGGAGAUCGUACACAUUAAGUGGGCGACGCCCCCAGAGGUGCUCCACAGCUACAGGGCCAAGGAGAUGUGGAUCGCUCCGCCGCAGUUCUACGAGCUGAGCCGUUUGUGUCACUACCCGUCGCUGAGCGAGCUGCACACGUUCGCCAGCCAGCGCUCUCAGGAGGGCUGUGAGCACUGGCUCCCUGUAGUGCUAAAGACAGACACCGAGCUACUCAGCCUGCUACCUGGAGACGAGCUGUAUCCAGAGACGGAGACCUCCACACAGACCCCGGGCUCCACAAUGCGGACAGACCCUGGGCUGGGGGGUGUUGGGGCGGUGGAGACGGGCCUCCACCGCUUAGUCUUACAGGACGCCUACAGCACUUUGGCCCAGAUCUCCAUCACCCCCAAAUACAAACACCUCUCUCCCCUCCCUGUCCCGGCACCCCAGGACCCCAGUGAACUCAAAGACGACACCACGAGUAACCAUUAACCUUUAACCGAAUCUCUUGUCUAUAUUAUUUGAACUCUGAUUAAUGUCCUCCAUCGCAAUAAAGAACAGAGAUCAUCAAGUUCCAGAUGCUGAUGAUCAGCUUUCUAAUCAACAGAUCAGUUGAAAAAUGAGGCCUCAAUUGCUAUGAAGCUAAGCCAAACUAGCAGAUCAUUUUCUGCUUCUACUCCUGAUUUUUUUUUUUACUCUGUUCUUAGUCUGUUUGAGGGACUGGAGUUUGAGUGGUUUUUAAAUGUUCUAAUCAUAUGUUACAUGUAUUAACAUGAUGUUAAUAUUUUAUUUAUACCAAUAAUUGUAUAUAUAUAUAUAUAUAUAUAUAUAUAUAUAUAUAUAUAUAUAUAUAUAUAUAUAUAUAUAUAUAUAUAUAUAGCUCACCAUUUACAUUCGUGUUCUGUAGCACUAUCUGCUGGUCAGAUAUUCUCAGUGCAGCUUGCGGACCGGCAUUUGCGCUGACGAUAUCCGACCUGACGGGAACUUUGGUCAUACAAUUCGACACAUUUUUCCACCUCGACGACCAGUCUCUCAUCGUCCAUUCUCGUAAUUGUUUAUCACAAACGAAAGAGGGCGACAUCUAGUGGUGAGGGGUAGAUAUGGAGGUGCCUACGGGACCCGGGAUGUACAAAUCAGCUUUUACAAAGCGCUUUUUCAGGGGCGGCGACGCUCGGAAAUAGAACAUUGUCUCGAAGAGUAGUUGGGCGGCGCGGCGCGGAACGCUGCCGCGUGUCUAGUCGGCGCCGGUGUGGGCUAGUACACCCGGAAUAAUGGGGGCAGACUUUUUGACGCGACGCUGCGGCGCCGGUGUGUGGAGGCCUUUAUAAGUUUCCUCCGUUCUGGCUCGGUCGGUCCUUGUGAUUUUGGUACUGGUUUUCUGUCCAAACCAUAUAAUCGCACAUUUUCUAAUCUUCCAUACGCUACACUAAUCCCUUUACAGAUUUCAUGAUACUUACUUUAUUCUAAUAAAUAACUUUAUCCCUUA